AUGAAUAACAACUCUUCCAUGAAUCUUCCAAUGGCAAGAGCAGAGCCAGCACCGCCCACUGCUGAAGAAUAUCAGGCACUCUUACAUGAAGUUACUGAUUUGAGAGAUAAAAUGGAAUCGAGAGAAACCUCCUUUCGACAAGACAUUGCAAGGGAACGACGACGACGAGAGCAGAUGGUAAAUACGCUACGGCGAGACUUCAACUUGAUUUCACAGAGUGGGAAUAACAGCCCUGCGGGAGGAUCAGCAAGUACUCAAAUGUAUCAUCAAAACCACAACAUAAUCGAUGAACACGCAAACUUCAAAGCCGAUGAAGAAUCAACGCCGUUAACAAGUCCCAGGGCUGAGAGACCGAAAUUUAGUGGUAUGUCGCUCAAUCCACAUAGUCUGAAUCCAAAGAAGAAUUCAUUCAAGUUCACGGCUAUUGGUGACAAGAACGACAAUUCUUUGGAUCGAAGCAAUCGAAGUGAGUCCAGUUUGGUAGUUACUGGACCUGCGGGGGAUAUUAUUCCAGCAGGCAACGGUAGCGAUGGUGAUACACCGGAUGGCAUUGAUAUUCCACUCUUACCACAGGAUACCUUUAGUUACUUGGCAUUUUCCAAGCUCACGUCGGUUUCUCUGGCCAUUGCAAUCUUUGUCAUCGGAGUCCAAGUAUUAACGCUGACAGUUCUGGCUGUGGAUAUGUUUGGUGAGGGUACACCCGGAAACGUUCUUGGAAUUCCUGCAGGAAUCAACGAGUCGACGGCUACCAUUCAAGUUGUAGCCAUUUUUAUCAUCACUGUGGCUCAGACAGAUUUGCACGAUUCACUGAAUACUCUUUUUGUGGGUUACCAAGGAGACGAACUGUCAGAUGCCAUUGGAAGACCAACUCAGAAAUGGCGCUGGACAGUCUCAUUAUGGGUCCGUAUUUCAAUUACUUUGUAUGCGCUCAUGGUCACAUUCAUAAUGAUUUGCACCGAAUCGGAUACUACUCAGGUGUUGCUGGACUUUACGUCAAUUGAAUUCGUAACCAACCUUGACAAUAUUUUCUUCUGGUUGACGGCCUAUGGGUAUCUAGGGUUUGGGGCACAGGAGGAUGCAAACCUUGUGCUGAAUGCCAAACCAUUUUCUAUUGUGCUCUCAGAACGCGAUGAUGGAAGUACAAAGGAGAGACGCUUCAGCGUUCGAUCAUCAGCCACCGGGCAAAAGCGACAACGCAGAUUUCCUCGAUUGCUGUUCACUACGAGCCUUUUCGUUAUCAUGUUGAUUGGAUGGGGUAUCAUCUUCUCGUGGAUCCGCGAUGGAGAGUUUUUAUGCCAGACUGUGUUUGUACAGUUUGCCGAUCUCGCCAACCCAGACUUGGCGCCUUUCACGGGACUUUACGAUAUUGGAUGUUCUGACCAAGUCUCGGGUUGUCGUCGAGCUAAAUACGGCGAAUCCGCACAUGGAGACAAUCAUAACUUCUCGGACACGGCCAAAUUUGCAUUCUGCAUCCAGAAGAAUAGUUGGGGAUUUGUAUUCGGAAAUGAAACGGAAGAUGUUUUGGCUGGUAAGACAAGUCCCUGCAACUGGAUUGCGCAUUCAAAAAAAGUCAGUUCCAAAACACAAGAUUCAUACGACAUUAUGAGUACGGCCUCUGAUCCGUGGAAAGUGCUCAAUAGACGUGGAAUUGACGUCCCCUUUAAAGGAUACGAGUUGCGCUGUUUCGAUUGCCGUCACGACCCUUUGUUUUGCGGGUCUGCGGCUGGGCGGGGGGAUUGUGUUCGCAAUCGAUGUGAAUGCAGAAAAGGCUGGUAUGGAAGGCGGUGUGAAUUCAGAUCGCCAUGCGAGUUGAUUGAGUUCAGGGAUCCAGAGCGAGAUGUCAUAGAUGGUCGAAGGUUUGCCACGCAAUACAACAGAAUGUAUAAUGAUCAAGGCGAACCAGUUGAGAUAUACGAUCGACCAGUAUACGAAGGAAGCUUCUUAGAUGGCGACGAUCUUGGGACUACAUACCAGGUCUUUUUCAAUGGUUUUCGUUGGGUGCUAACUGCGAAUUUAGGUGAUCUUCUGAGAAGUCAGAAAUUUCAUGGAUAUUGGUCGGCGAAAUGGAAUCAAUACACUGUAAUAUUCUACAGUGCUCAAGUAAUCGUCGACAGUCCAGAAGAUGCGACUUCUCCGGAAGGGUUGUUAUGGUACCGCCCGCUAGUUAAGCAACGAGGUAAAGCUAUUGAAGGAGUUGACUUGAAAUCAAUCGCACCCUUUAGGUUCCUGUGCGCCUCGUGUGACGACGAUACGAACCCUUGUCUUUACAGUGGCAUAUGCCGGCCGGGAAACAAAACAUGCGAAUGCCCCAGCGGUUCAUCGGGGAGACUUUGUCAAAUAUUACCCACUGGGAACGGGAGAUGCGAUCCGUACUUCAAUUCUCGAGAAUUUUCAUAUGAUGGUGGCGAUUGCUGCAAGCAAACGUGCGUUAGCACUGAUGAAUACGACUGUGGCCGAGAUGUUGUCACCAAUUCUCAAGGUGUAAAAUCGAUUGGAUUCGUUGGCUUCGACAACUGCAUGGAUCCAUCCAUUGCUCGAUCUGUUUCGGGAUCGCGGACAAUUUAUGACAUUCAAGAGAGAGGUGUGCUCAAUUGCGGACUCAUUUUCACUUCGACCUGGUUCUACAAUUUCAUGACAGACCAAUGUCGAGCAAUUGCGGCUGCUGUUCUUGACAACCGUAAUGCAAUUCAACUCUUUAACUUCACCAAUGAUCGCUUCACUGGCCUUCGGGACAAACGAUUUGACGUCGUGUUUUGGACAGACUAUACUGCCAACCGAGACGUUUAUGAGUCAUCGGCAAAGUCUGGUUUCAAUUACGCGACGAUCCCCUACUAUUUUGGGGGUUUCGUUUUCGGUGGGAUCAAGCCGUUCGCCAAAUGCGCUGAUAAUGGGGACUUCUUCACGGUGGGAUGUCUUGAUAUGAAGAUAUGCCUUGUUGACGGUACAUCGUGGUAUGACACAGCGUCGACAGUUUUUCCUAGUGAAGUAAUCGUUACAUACAACGAUUUUGAAGCUACAGUUGUCGGUUUGGAAAAUGGCGAAUGUAACAUCAUUGGUGGAUCUCAGGUAGAUGUCGAGUUGAUCUCCAUUCGGGCCUUUGGGUACACGGGUGAUGAAUCGAACUACGAGGUCGGGUCUAAGUUGUAUUUCAAGUCCUUUGAAACUUGGAUUACCCGACCGGAUGACCGAGUAUGGUCGCGAUUUACCUCUUGGAUAUUUGAAUCUCUUGUGCAAGCUGAGGAAUCCAAUGUCACUCAAGCGACGAGCAACUUAAUGCGCAGCACCGAUGUCUUUGGUGACGAGUUUAGCGGUAUCUUUCAGAGAGCAGUUGCAGCCGUUGGAAACUAUGGGGAGAUGUGGGAGAGGAACCUCCCGUUUACAAGAAGCGGGAUGAACUUGGUCAACAAUGGAACAGCUCCUUCCAUGGUAUCAUAUGACUUUGGCCGUGUGUCUGACGUUGGACCAGAGCCAUCUCAGAACAGUGCCAUUCGAGCGAUCAUUGCUCGAGACUCCCUGAGAUGCGGAGUCAAUGGGGGUUCGUUCGGAUUCGCAAAUUACAAUGAAAACACAAAUACUUGGAGUGGGUUGGAGAUUGACAUGUGCCGGGGAAUCGCCGCUGCCCUCUUUGAUGGAGAUGAUAGCAAAAUGGACGUCAUUCAAGUGACUUCUUUCGAUCGCUUCUCCAAAAUCGAAAAUGGAGAUGUCGAUAUUGUUCCCGGUGUCACGCGCACGUUGGAGAGGGAAGUCAAUUUCGGCGUGAACAAUUACGCCUUUGACUUCAGUCCAAUCUAUUUCCAUGAUGCAAUGAUAUUUGCCGGUGAGAUGCCAUUUGCAGCGUGUGCGGAGAACCAAGAGUUCUCCAAUACCAACGACUUGGGUCUAAACUGUACCGACACGACAAUUUGUGUUCCGAGCGGUUCCACUUGGUACAAUACUGUCGUCGAUAGCCUUGGGAUCGACGACGAACGCCUAAUAUUGACUUCCAACUUUGAAGAGUCCGUGCAAUAUCAUGUGGCUGGGUUGUGCAAUGUAAUUGUUGGAGAAACGGCCAAGCUGAAUACUGUUUCCCUCCGAGCCGCGGGCUACUUGGUUACGGAGAACUAUAAGUUUGGAACACAAAAGCUCACCAAGGAACCACUUUGUUUGAUGCAUCGGUCCGACGACCAACAGUUCUCGGAUCUGAUCAAGUGGAUCGUGUUUGGUUUUUUCUAUGCCGAAGAGAAUGGAUAUACCAGCGUUAAUUUCUUCGAAAUGCCCCAAACCAAUCUGUUUGGACCGGAGUUGACCAAAAUGUGGCAAAAUUCCAUUAGAAGAGUUGGAAAUUACGCACAGAUAUACGAGGGCAACAUUGGCGGAGCUAUUCCACGGUCGGGGAUGAAUUUGCGAAAUGAUCUUUCCAGCCCGCAGCUCUUUGCUGCUCCGGGGACUAUAUAA